AUGGCUACCACAAUCAACGGCAUCCGGGUGUGCUCUUGGACUAAAGUGUUAGCACUCUUGUGGCUCGUUCAACUUGCCACCGGUGAGGUUAGUUCGGUAUGCAAGACGAUGCCUGCGUUCGGUAAGGAGGAUAGCGAAGAAAAGUGCUGUAACAUCCCCGAAAUGUUCCCGAACGAAACGAUACACGCAUGCAUGGGCGAAUACGACCAGUCCAGUAUGCCGCAAUUGCAGAAAAGUUGUAAAUUUACCACCUGUGUACUGAAGAAGCACAACCUUAUAAAGUCCGAUAACCGAUUGGAUACGGAGCAGAUCAAGGCGUACAUUAAGGACAAGAUAAAGGCAUCCGACGAAUGGAAGCGGCUGAUCGAGAAGGCGGUACUGCAGGAGUGUUUACCGAUGGUGGAGAAGGACAAUGCUGUGGCGAAACAAGUGAAGUCAGCGCUAAGCGACUGUGAUGCAAUAGCGGGCCUCACCAUGGCGUGUGCUGCUGCCAAGCUCUACUCAAACUGUCCCACCAAGGAUUGGACUGGAAGUACCACGUGCGACGAAUGGAAGACAUUCUUGUCGAAGUGUUCCACCACGAUGGAAGAUUUGAACGAAAUGUACAUACUGAUAGAAUCUCAAAAGAUGGAAUAA